CUCUCGAUCUGUAUGCUAUUCUGGCAUUUUCAUGGCUAUUGGAGAGGAACCAACCUCGGACAACCAACGAAGUACUAUUUCACAGUCGCUAGUACUGGAGCAGACUAAUUCAUGGCAAAUUGAUCAUCACGAGCAAAGUGGCAAGCAAAAAAGAAAGGCAGGAAGAAAAAAGUUCCGGGAGACGCGCCACCCGGUCUACAAAGGCGUUCGGCAAAGGAAAGGAAAAUGGGUUUGCGAGCUGAGGCAACCGAACAACAAAUCAAGAAUCUGGCUGGGGACCUUUUCACUCCCGGAGAUGGCUGCUAGGGCUUACGACGUUGCCGCCCUAGCUAUCAAGGGAGAGUCCGCUUCCUUGAACUUCCCUGAAGCGGCAUGUGCCCUACCACGCGUUAAGUCAUCAUCCUCCAUUAGGGAUAUACAGUGUGCUGCUAUGGAGGCCGCAGGGGCAUCUUCCUACGAAGUAAAUCCAUCUUCUUCAUUGUCCUUGUCCAAAUCAUGCUUGGAUAUGGUUCCCAAAACUUGUAGGAUAUCGUUUUUGGAUGAGGAGGAGUUGUUUAACAUGCCGGGAUUACUUGACAGCAUGGCAGAGGGGUUGAUCCUCACUCCACUAGCCAUGCAAAAGGGCUUCAAUUGGGACGGUUUGGAAAAUACCGUGGACCUGACUCUCUGGAGUACUGACUGACGUUAUAUAUAUAUAUAUAUAUAUAUAUGAUAUUUCACGUACAUGCAUGAUUUUAAAUUACGUACCCUUCCUAGAAUAUUUGGAUUAAUCUAUCCGAUUUGUAUGAGAAAGUGCAUUGUUUUGUUCAAAUAGAGAAAUUAUAGCACAUCUCUCCCGUUGGAGCUAACGUUUAAAGAGCUAUAUAUAUAUAUAAGUUAUUUUUUGUUUCUUAAUUGUUUUGGGAAGAGAACGGUAACGUUUAUAGAGCUCGUAAAUAUGAAUUGAUUAUAGCAAUUACUAUAAUUACUUGAACAUGCGUUUGCUGACUAAUUUCUACUUAUGACCCGACGUUUAUACGGGCUAGCUCGCUAUAUAUGGACCAUAUGGUAAAUGUUAAAAUUAAAAAAAUAAAAAUAAAAAUGUAAAUCGAUCCUUUUCCUCAGGGGCAUUCGGUCAUGAUCAUGAUAAUGUCGUAUAUUAUAUCAUUCCAACAUGAAAGUAUCAGCUAGCAUCUGAUUGCAUCGAUCGUUGGAUAUAGAACAUAAAUUUAAUUACACAAAAAUAUUGUAUUAUGCCACGUCAUUAUUAAUGCCGCUAGCUUCUACGUACAACAUCUUUCCUUUGGGUAACUCUCCUUUUAACUGAUCAUGCAUAACACACGGCUCGGCUAUCUGGAAAUCAAAUGAAAAGAAAAAUAAAAUUCAUCCGCACUUGUUCCGUUCAGAACUCAGAAGCUCAUCAUGAUCGAUCAGGUUCCGGCCGUACGCGCGUGUAAAUUACAAGGCAUUAUUUUCAGGUCCAUUAGAAGCACAUGACUUCAAGACAAAGGCCGUUUUGUUUUCCAUUUUGCUGUCCAUUUGUAUCUUCCAAGCAUUCAGACGAUUUUUUUUUGUUUAUCUGGCGAAUAAUCCUUCUGUUGAUUAUAAAAACUGCUGCGUGCCAUAUUUUCGCUAUUUGGAUGUGUUUUCCCCGAAUUGUUUGUCAAACCUUUGUC